CCCCUCCUUUAUGAUUUGCAGUCGCUCGCUAUAUUUUUUUUAGUUAUUUUUUUUUGCCGUCUGGUUCCCAGACAUGAAGUCACUCGUUUUUCUCGUAAUUCAGCUGGCGGCCAGCGCUGUCGCCCUUGGUCCCCUCAAACGCCAGGCCGCCGCCGCUACCGUAGCCAGCGGAUGCCACAAGAUCGCUACAGAUACGGACUACCCGGCGAAGAGCGUCUGGCAGCAAGCGCUUCCAGGCGUCACGGCCAUCGACCCCUCAGCGUUCGGGACUGAUCCCGCCCCCGAUUACCGCUAUCGUCCGCGAACUUCCACAGAUGUUGUGAAUGCCGUGAAGUUCGCGACCAAGUACAACAUCCGAUUGACGGUCAUCACUUCCGGACACGACUUUUUGUGCCGUAGCACCAGCUCUUCCGGUCUUCUCCUCGACGUCUCCCUCCUCACGGGCAUCAGACUCUCGUCGAGCUUCAAAGCUAAAACUGCAGGCGUCACCCCCAUCCGUAGCGACGAAACCCCCAAAGCCCUCAAGGACUCAUGCAAGGAAGCCGUCGUAACGUUUGGCGCUAGCUAUGGGGGCCAGCCGUUGAACGAUGCUCUUUCUGCUGUUGGAAUGGUUGCGGUCGCUGGAAAUCACGGUGCCGUCGCCCCGGCCGGCGGAUGGGGUCAGACCGCCGGCCAUAGCCCGCUCGCCAACCAGUUUGGCCUGGGCGUCGACCAGUGGCUCGAGGCAAAGGUCGUCACUGCGGAUGGCAAGCUUCGCGUUGUCAACUCCGUCUCUAAUUCCGAUCUCUUCUGGGCCAUCCGAGGCGGCGGGGGCGGCUUCGGCGUGGUCGUCGAGGCCACCAUGAAGGUCUACCCGGACGUACCCGUCACCGGCAUUAACUUCUGGCUCAACUCGACGACUCCGGAUGUCAAUAGCGAGGGUCUCGAAAAGGCUUCGCAAGCCCUCUGGGCCGCACUGCCGGACAUCCAGGCCAGCGGUAUCUCGGGCUACUUCUUCGGAUCACCGGGAUACAUCCGAGGUACCAGCGUCCACGUUGGUGAGCUUUCGAACGUUACCGACGCUUACAACGCUUGGAUUCCGGUGCUCGAGAAAAUGCAGUCCUACGAGGGCGUCCUCCCGUUCCAGUCCCGGCCAUUCGUCUACGCAAACUUCAAGGAAUACUACGACACCACAUACGGCGCGCGAUCCUGGCUCGCCGCCCCCACCGGACCGGAUUACAACGCCAAAGCCAAACGUCACGACGCUGACGACCCGCCCGCCCCGCGCGGUUUUGGCUGGGUCCCGACCGACAGCGUGCUGUUCGGACCCGACCACAUGAAGGACCCCGCCCUUCUGGGCGUCAUCAAAACCCAAGCCUUAUGGAAUAUGAUCAUGACCACUCCCAAACCCGGCACCACCACAAAUAUCGGCAAGCAGACCUCCGCCCAUCCAGGCUGGAGGAAGGCCACGGCGCUCAUGACGACCAUCAACCUGGGCGAACUGGGCAACGCGGACGCCGCACGCGCGUUCGCGCCGGAUAUGGGCGGAUAUAUCAACGAGGGCUGGGCCGACGACCCGAACUGGAAGCAGAACUUCUGGGGCCUCGAUAACUACAACCGCCUCUCCGGCAUCAAGACCAAAUACGACCCAAAAAAUGUCUUCUGGACCACCCCCGGCAUCAACGCCGAGCAGCGCCAGUUCAUCGACGGGCGCGUCUGCUUCGCGACCGGUGCUUCGAACACUACCGCGGCGCCAAUCACCGACUCGAAGCCGGGCCCUGACCCCGUGAAGCUCGCCGGGUAUCUCAUUGCGGAGCUGACGGGGAAGUUCCCGGCGCCCGGCGAGUAUGUCGGCGUGCAGCCACACUAGGGUUUCGCGGUCCUUUGGGGUGCCGCGGUCGCCUUCCGGGCGUCAGUGGCAGCGUAGAAUUGCAGUAGAAUGUAUCGACGUUUGGAGGCUGAAGGGAUUUUGGGCGACCUUUUUCUGUUGGGAAGGGGAACUGGGGAACAUGUUCACGUCAUUCGAUGUAUUAUAUAUAUAUAUGUAUGUUGUGGAACUGAUAUAGACGACCUACGAACUCAGGCUGUACACAGCCC